GAGAGAAGUGUGUAUGCAUAUAAUCUUAGGAACAAUAAUCGAGCAAGUUUGGGAAAAUGUCUAUCUCUACAGCAACAUUAAAAUAUUUGUCCGGAGUUAACGCGGAUAUUUUUACGAAUGUCUUUUAUUUCGAUGAGCAGACGAUCCUCUAUACGUGCGGUUGUCACUGUGUUUUAUAUAACAUCGAAGAAAAUACGAUGAAGUUGUUCAAAACUUCACAGAAAGGGUCUGAAAUAACUGCUAUUGCUAUAAGUACUAAACGCAACUAUACGGCCAUUGCUUUGAAAUGCGACACGCCGUCGGUAAACAUUUUUGAAUUGUACACAUCGCGGAAAAGUAAGUCGCUAGUUUACCCAGAAUUACUUUCUGCCAAGAUCAUUAGUAUGUGUUUCUCGAACGAUUCUCGCUAUCUCAUCACCCUAUGUGAUGACCAAUUAGGAACGUUACUUUACUGGUCGUGGGAAAAAUCGAAACUGCUUAUAUCAAGCAAUGUCACGACGUCUGAUGUGCCGGAGAUUCUUUAUCAUAUUACUUUUAACCCUCACGAUAAUCUCCAGUUGUAUGUGUUUGGCAAUGGACAUCUAAAAUCGCUCCGCAUCGCAGAAGGCAUUGUGAAUCAGUUUACUUUCCCCAAAAUCGAUAGUGAAGAUUUCAAAUGCUAUUGCUGGGACACGAACAACCGGCUUUUGGUGGGUACAAACACCGCUCGAGUGUUAUUUAUCGAAGAUACGGAUUUAGUAAUUGACUUUAAGGUAUACCAAUAUUUGGACACGUCCGACGAUUCUAUAAUGAGCCACGGAGUAACAGCAAUCGCCAGUUACGCUAAAGGAUUUAUUACAGCGUGUGGUACGAAAAGUGUACAGUUUUUUGGAAGAAUUGAAAAUAAGGAUACUUACGAGUUUGUCAGGAAUGUUUGGAUGCCGUCAGAUGUUUUGGAAAAUGGCCAACUAUGCAAGCAGAUCAUAAAAUGGAUGGUGGUGAGUCCAUCGGAGGAGGUUCUCGUUAUUAUCACCGAUAUGAAACAAAUGUAUUCUGCGGGCAUUGUUGAGCCUGAAUUGAAAUAUAUGAAUAAAACGAGUGAGUUUGAUGUCUUAGUUCAACCUUUCCAUUUUAAAUCUAUCACUGGAUGUUGUGUUUGUACGUGGAAACCUUUCAUUGCAACCAGCUCUCUGGACGGUUCUAUAAAACUGUGGAACUACGAAACGUUUACCUUAGAAUUUUCUAAAGACUUUUCAGAAGAAGUCUACAGCAUAUCUAUGCACCCAAUGGGAUUAUUUCUUCUGGCAGGCUUCAACGACAAAUUACGUUUCAUGCAUAUUCUUAUGGAUGAUUUGAAAUCGUUUCAAGAAUUCAAUAUCCGUAUGUGUACACAUUGCAACUUCAGCCGAGGUGGUCAUAUGUUCGCAGCGGUCAACAACAACUUUAUACAGGUAUACUCGUCGAUUACUUUCGAAAUGGUGGUCAACCUGAAGGGUCACAACGACAAAGUUAAAACUACCGCCUGGUUUAUGGAUGAUAAUCACCUCCUUUCAUGUGGUUUGGAUGGAGCAGUUUAUGACUGGGAGUUAAAAACCGGGAAGCGAAUCGGUCAGUGUGUUUUGAAAUCCUGCGCCUAUAACGAUGUUGUUUAUAAUCCCGAGACCAAAAAUGUUUAUGCCGUCGGCUCGGAUCAUUCUUUGAAAGAAAUCCACGAGUCGGAUAUAUUGCGAACGUUUCCAGCGAGUGGCGUCGUUUACACAUCAAUUGCUCUGUCAUCUUCCAAUUCUAUAUUAUUUUUAGGAACUAAUAAUGGUUAUAUAAAAGGCAUCGAGUGUCCUCCAUCGCUAAGUGGGAAAUUUUUUGAUUAUCCUUGUCAUAGUCUCGAUGUUACACACCUGGUUUUUUCGGCUGAUGAUCGAUAUUUGAUAUCAGCAUCGAAAGAUGCUACGAUCGCAAUUUGGAAGGUCAACGAAUCUGAUAGUUGGACUUUGAAGCGGAAAGCCUUUUACUGUGAAGAGAUUCUAAUUCCAAUAUCUGGUUUGGAAGACAAAAACUGUUUACUUGCAGAAUUGAAUUCUCGCGUGGACGAACUUGUUAUGGAAAACAAAUUCCAAAUGCACUUCAAGGAAAUGCACCAUAACGAUAACAUAAAAGAGACGACCGAUGUAUUUAUUAAGGAAAUAGAGGAGUUGAAAGCUAAAAACGAAAUUUUAAAGAAGGAAAAAUACGAACAAGAAACGAUGCACUGUCAAGAAUUAUCAGAUAUAAAUACAAAUAACUACCAAGAAUUGCAGAAGAUCGAGUUUCUCAGCGAUAAGAAGCUAAUACUGGAAUACGAGAAAUAUGCCUAUCUUUUCAACAGCGUAGUGAAACAAGAAGAGAGUCAUGAGAAACGGACACAAGAACUGCAAGAAAAACAAGAAAGUAUAAGAGAAAAUAUGACUAAGCAGUACGAAAAGAAGCUUGUUAGUUUGCAAAAUAGACUUGAGCGAUGUCAUGAAGAGCUUUUUCUGAACCAAAAAGAACACGAAGAAGUGAAAAAACAAGCAGAAAGGGAUGCUGAUAUGGAAAUCGAUUACACAGUACAAAAUUACAAACAACAGUUGGUUGACGGGCAAAAAUCUAAUUCUAAAAUAAAAGACGAAAAUAAUAUUUUGAAGAAGAAGCUUUUAUCUUUCCCCAAAGAACUAAAAGACAGCAAAGACGAGUGCAAGAAGUACAAGGCAGAGAUAAAGAGACUGAAUGUUGUUAUAUUUUGUCUGGAUAAAGAUAUAGAACAUUUGCAAUCUGAGCUGCGUAAUCAAGAUGAGGGAUUUCAGGACGAAGAGAAAUGCUACUAUGAAUCGAAAUUGAAAAACCACGAACUCGAGAUGCUGAAAUGUGAACUAGAAUAUAAAAAGAUUACCGAACUGAGACAGCAUAUUGAACAUAGGGAGACACAAAUCUGUGACAUGAAAGAGCAGAUCAAAACUAUGCAAAGGGAGCUGGAAAAUUUCACUCAUCAGUUUAUCAUUAUGGACCGCGCAACAGCAGAAACGAAACAGAAGCUAGCGGCCACUUCUCAAGAAUUGGACAAAGAACGUACAGAGCUGCACAAAAAAACAGCUUUGUUAGACAGGUUCCUCGCCGACCUUAUUGAUUGCACGUCUUUCAUACAAGAUCCGCUGAGGUUGAAGAGCAGCGUCAAAUUGCUUUAUCAAAAAUACAUUGACAAGAAUGUCGGUAAGAUCGCCGCUACAGACCCCAACAUACAGAUGGAAUGGGCUAGACAGCGGAACCAUUUCGAAUACAGUAUACAUACACUAAUGAAUGAGUUGAAUAAAACAGUGAGAGGGGCUUCGCUGGAAAACGAAGUCCUGGUAAACGAAUGCAGUAAAAUGGGAGAUGUGUUGAAGUUGGAGAGAGAAAAAAGCCGUCGAUAUCUGAGUUUACUAGAACGAACUCAAUGAAAAAAAAGAAGAAAAAAAUGAAAAUAGAUCUACUUUGUUGAUCUUGGGAAUUUUUUUUAUCAUUUGAGCGAAACGAAAUGAAUUAUAUGUUGUAACUUGCCCAUUUUUAAUGUGAGUGAUAAAAAACCUUGUUCUGAAGUG